CAACACCAAAAGUUUUAGGUUCAUACAACCAUGUUCCUUAUAAACAACUUCAUGGGAGGUGGCGGAAGAGGUGGUGGAGGUUUUGGUGGAUUUGGAGGUGGAUCUGGUCUUAUAGGAGGAAUUUUAAAUUCCCUCAGUGAAGCUGCUGCAAACUACAAUCCACAGCCUCCGCCUCCACGGUCUCAUCCCUCUGUUAUUCAAUCAAAUGAAAGUGAAGAGACCAGACAGUUUCGACGUCUGUUUAGUCAACUAGCAGGAGAUGACAUGGAAGUCAGUGCCACAGAACUGAUGGGAAUCCUUAACAAAGUUAUAGCAAAACAUCAGGAUCUGAAGACAGAUGGAUUUAGUGCUGAUUCAUGUCGCAGUAUGGUGGCUGUAAUGGAUAGUGACAGCACAGGGAAACUUGGGUUUGAAGAAUUCAAAUACCUAUGGGACAACAUAAAAAAAUGGCAGGGUGUAUAUAAAAGAUAUGACACUGAUCGUUCUGGCACUAUUGGAAGAAAUGAGCUCCCUGGAGCAUUUACAGCAGCAGGCUUUCAGUUAAAUGGCCAGCUUUAUGAUAUGAUUAUCCGUCGUUAUUCUGAUGAGAAAGGAGACAUGGAUUUUGAUAACUAUAUCUGUUGCUUAGUGCGACUUGAUGCCAUGUUCCGUGCUUUUAAAACUCUGGAUAAAGAUGGAGAUGGCCAGAUUAAAGUUACAAUUCAGGAGUGGCUACAACUUACUAUGUAUUCAUGAGAAGUCACUUGUGUGGUCUUGAACUUGUGGAGCCCUAAAGUUACUUUUUUCCCCAACUGUACUAAAUAACUGUGUGCUGUAUACAAGGCUUGUUUUAUAAGUGAAAAAUAUAUACCUAUCCUAUAUAUUGUAACGGAAAGAGACUUCUACUAUAUUACAGAAUUUUAAAUUUGAGCACCAGAGGCAACACGUAACAGCUUGUGUGUGCAUGUGUAUGCAAAAGUAUGUAUGAAAGAUUUUUAUAUUCUGUAUGCAUACAUCUAGAUAAUGGCACCAGUUCUAUCAAUAAAUAAAUCAAAUUUGUUACAUUCUCUAUGGAAAAUUUGUUCUAAGGUGUACCUUUCUCAAACUCUGUUAUGAAAAAUGGAUGCAAUUAAAAGCUGUAAACAAAAA